AUGGUGGUAACUAGCACAGGUAAUGGGGCGCAGACCACAUUAGAAAUGAACUACGAUCGAGCAAGUGAAUUAAAAGCUUUUGAUGACACGAAAGCUGGAGUUAAAGGACUUGUUGAUGCUGGAAUCGAUAAAAUUCCCCGAAUAUUUUAUCAUCCACACGACAACUUUAAUGGUAAUUCUAAGGUUUCUGGUGAGGAUCAGUUUAGUUUUCCUAUAAUAGAUCUUGAAGGACUUGAUAAAGAUCCAGUUCUACGGAAGAGUAUUGUUGAAAGAGUCCGAAAUGCAUCGGAGGAGUGGGGAUUCUUUCAGGUGAUCAAUCAUGUGAUUCCAGGGAGCGCUCUUAAAGAGAUGAUGGAUGGCAUACGCCAGUUUCAUGAACAAGAUACUGAGGUGAAAAAAGAAUACUACACCCGUGAUAUGACCAAAAGGGUUGUCUAUAAUAGCAAUUUUGAUUUGUAUUCUGGACCAUCAACUAAUUGGAGAGAUACGAUUUCUUGUAUCAUGGCUCCUCAUCCUUCCAACCCAGAAGAGCUGCCAGCUGCUUGCAGAGAUAUAAUGAUGGAGUACUCCAAGCAUGUAAUGAAAUUGGGAUAUUUACUGUUGGAGUUACUGUCUGAGGCUCUUGGGCUGAACCCAGAUCACCUGAAAGAGAUGGGUUGUGCUGAAGGGCUUGUAUUUUAUUGCCACUACUAUCCGGCCUGCCCGCAGCCAGAAUUAACUAUGGGCACAACUAAGCACGCGGACAAUGCCUUCCUUACUGUGCUUAUGCAAGACCAUAUUGGUGGCCUCCAAGUUCAUCAUCAAAAUCACUGGAUUGAUGUUCCCCCCAGUCCCGAGGCUUUAGUGGUUAACGUUGGAGAUCUUCUACAGCUUAUAACGAAUGAUAAAUUCAUAAGCGUGGAGCAUAGAGUGGUGGCAAACAGUGUAGGACCAAGAUUAUCAAUGUCAAGCUUUUUCACCACAGAUGAAGUCCCAUGCUCGAGACUCUAUGGACCUAUACAGGAAUUGUUAUCGGAAGAGAAUCCUCCAAAGUACAGGGAAACCACAGUGAGAGACUAUGUUAUUUACUUCAGGAAAAAAGGCCUUGAUGGUACUUCUGCGCUGCUUCAUUACAGGCUAUGAACUUGGCAAUGAAGAUUUAAAAGAAUAUCCAUAAUCAUCGUUAAGUUCAACUAAUGGUUUUGUCAAUCAUUGUAAAAGAUUGCCUUACCAAAGUACUUUAGGGAGUGAUCUGCAAUAGUAGUUUGCGGUUGGAAUGACGAAUUUCCUUUGGUCUAGUGAUUGUUAUUCCACGACACGAGAAAGAUCAAUGUUUGAGUUUCUAGGUCCUCCUCAGGGCCUCUUUUUGAAGCCCACUUCUAUUCUUGGCAGAUGCCCUAAGGCUCAACUUUCAUGGGCCGAGUGGUGAUUAGGUCUCUAUUAACCGACUUUUGAGUGAUUGAGACUGGC